AUGAAGACCUCGCAAAUCGUGCUCACAUCGCUCUCCGUGCUCGGAGUAGCAGGUAUUGGAUACGCCGUCUACUUUGACCACCGUCGUCGCAACGACCCGGCCUUCCGCAAGAGUCUGCGCAAGGAGAGCAAAAAGUCGUCCAAGGCCGACAAGAAGGCCGCCGCCAAGCGUGCGCAGCAGGAGGAUGGUUUUAUCCAGGAGCUGUUGCAAGAGGUACGUGCGCCCGGCACCUUCCCUUCGGGUGUCGAGGAGCGCGAGCAGUACUUCCUCAAGUACGUCUCGCUCGGCGAGCAGCUGUUCGCCAUGGGUGCUGACAAGUACCUCGAUGCUGCCGCUGCCUUCUUCAAGGCGCUCAAGGUGUACCCCCAGCCCGUCGAGCUCAUCAUGAUCUACCAGAAGGCGGUGCCCAAGGAGGUGUUUGACACCAUCAUGCGCAUUGUCAGCAAGGACAUUGCCACUGGUGGUGGUGAAGGCGCCGAGGGCAUGUCGGCUGCCAGCCUCGACGAGGUGGACGAGGAUGGCCCGUCGCCCGCUGCCAAGGCCGACGAGGAUGAGGACGACGAAGAAGAGGCCGACGACAAGAGCGACGACAAGGAGGCUUCCACGUCCACAUCCACCGCCGCCGCCCACACAGCAGCGCCUCACCAGCAGGGCACCGACAGCGGAACCACCUCGAGCCAGGAAUGGGACACCCUUUCCGCCACCAGCCUCAACGACACCGGCGUCAUUGUCACCCCCAACGCCUCCGCCACCCCUGCCGCCACCCCCGCCGGUACUUCCACGCAGAGCCCCGGGCAAUCCUCGUCAUCCAAGACAACGGAGGAGGAACCCACGUUGACAAGCAUCGACACUUCGUCCGCCGCUGCGGCUGCUAGCUCGUCACCAUCCAAGCAGAACUUUACCUCUGGUUGGAGCCCUGCCCCCGUGUUCGGCGCCUCGAGCCCGCGCGCAGAGAAGAAGGCCUCGCUCGAGGACGAGUCCGAGGAGACGUCUGCCCAGAAGUCUGACCAGAAGUUCGAGUAG